GUCCUCCCGCAAUUUUCUUGAGCAAGAAACAUUUAACGAGUUCUAACCAUCGAAACCUGACACCGGAAGAACAACGAGUCGGUCCACCGCUUACGAAACAUUAUGGAACCCUGUACUUUGUUUCAGUUCCAACCCCAGGCUGCGCCCGGAUUCUUGCCCGAAAGUAUGUACAAGAAAAGCCCAUCAGUCUCCUGGGACGAGCUGUUGUUCAACCACGGGUCGCUCCCGUUCGACGUCCAUGACUCCGAGGAAAUGCUCCUCCUCGACGUUAUAUCGAGAGGAGCCACGGAGUCCUCCGAGUCCGAGUCAUCCAGCGUGCCCAAAGAGGAGGAGGUCACCUCAACCUCGGACUUUGUGCAGAACGGGGACGACCCCAGGAAGGAGAAGUCGUACCGAGGAGUGAGGAAGAGGCCGUGGGGGAAGUACGCGGCGGAGAUCCGGGACUCGACGAGGCAUGGGGUGAGGGUAUGGCUGGGGACGUUCGACACCCCCGAGGCAGCUGCCCUAGCAUACGACCAGGCGGCUUUCUCGAUGCGGGGCGCGAUGGCGGUGCUGAACUUCCCGUUGGAGAGGGUGAAGGAGUCCCUGAGGGAGAUGAAGUACAAGGUGGAGGAAGGGUGCUCCCCUGUUGUCGCCCUGAAGAGGAGGCACUGCAUGAGGAGGAAGUCCCAGAGCAGGAAGAACAAACCGAAGGAGUCAUUGUCGAAGCCGGUGAAGGCCGAGAAUGUGGUUGUGUUCGAGGAUUUGGGGCCGGAUUACUUGGAGGAACUCCUCAGCUCUUCGGAGAGCAGUGCCCAUACCUGCCCUUGGUGAAGAAUUGCAACGAAAUUCACACCAAACAAACGAAUUCCUUUUGAUUCUUUCCUUCUUUCCUCUGUUUUUGCUCUGUUUCUUUCAUUCGGGUUUAUUGUAUUACUAUUAAUGCGUCGAGAACUUCAAUAAGGAUAGUCUUUUGAGUUCGCCUCGGGUCAGGGUGAGAUUAGUUUACGUGAAGAAUCUUCCUGGGUGUAGUGUAUACUCACAUGGUAAUGUAAAAGUUGUAUAUUCAAUUCUUGUUUGGGAAUUACCCGUACUCCUUUCGUUAGUUUUUAUUUUCCUUAUACUA